AUGUCGGUGCUGCUUAGUAAUUUGUCACUCAAUGGGACAGGCUUCUUCACUGAAAAUCAUGGCAUUAUAGAUAAACCUAAUGAGCAGAGAACUUUGAAUGUCUUUCUGUUUUGCUUGACUUUCAUCAUUGCAUUCACAGUGCUUCUGGGCAGCAUUUAUUCACUAGUUUCCCUGCUUAAAAUGCAGAAUAAAUCCACAGUUUCAAUGAUUGUGACCUCUUUGUCAGUAGACGAUUUGAUCAGCAUUGUGCCAGUGAUUAUUUUCAUGCUCACCCAGUGGUCGGGUGAUGCCCUUCCUCAGCCUCUGUGCACCACCUCAGCGCUUAUAUAUUUAUUCCAGGGCAUUUCUAGCAAUCUGAAAGGGUCUCUUAUAGUUUCCUACAACUUCUAUAGCAUCAACAGAACUGAGGCAAUGAACUGCAGUGCUUCCAAACGACGAGUGAGCAUCGUGUGGGCAAUUCUCAGCAUUUGGAUCAUCAGUUUGCUCAUCUGCAUUUUGCCUCUCUGUGGUUGGGGCAGGUACAUCCCCACCUCAUGGGGCUGCUUCACAGACCAUGCAAGCUCCUACAUCUUGUUCUUAUUUAUUGUCUACUCGUUGUGCUUUUGCCUCCUCACAGUGCUGUCUGUCCCUCUAACUUACCAGCUGUUGUGCUCAGAUGAACAACAGCUAUUACACAUCGACUACCAGGAAAUCUCUCGAGGCUACAUCACCCCUGGGACACCUGCAGGCUGCAGUACUGCCACCCCAUGUCUGUCACCAGUGGACCCUGUGGAUAAAACCCUGAAGCAUUUCCCAAAUGCGUGUCUAAGCUCAAAGGCAGUUUUUAGGAAAGGUGUGGCUGAGGGCAGUGGACUCGAGCCCCGAUGCAUGAACAGCGCAAAGAGCAGGAGCUUCACGGUGGGCUUUGCCCAGAAACGAUUCUCACUGAUUCUUGCGUUGACAAAAGUCAUUCUCUGGCUUCCAAUGAUGAUACAAAUGGUUGUCCAGCACAUCGUUGGCUAUCAAAGCCUUUCGUUUGAGACACUUAGCUUCCUGCUGACAUUGCUGGCUGCCACCGUCACCCCGGUAUUUGUCCUGUCAGAGCACUGGAUCCACCUGCCCUGUGGCUGCAUCAUAAACUGCAGGAGGAAUUCAUAUGCUGUGUCUUCAGAGGAACUCAAAACCAAACACAGAGGUUUCGAAUUCAACCUUUCCUUCCAGCACAGUUACGGAAUCUAUCGAAUAUCCCCCGAGAGCCACCACCACGAUGGCGAUGGUAAAUCCACGUCGUGCCACAACCUGCUGGUUUGCGAGAAGCCCUGUGAGCCGCCGAAGGGAGGCAGCGGCGGCGCGGCGCGGGCAGAACUCAGCACCACGGACAGCGCCCGGCCGGACCCUGCGGGCUUCAGCUCCGCGGACAGCCUGCGGCCCGGCCCCGCGGGGCUCAGCACCGCGGACGGCGCCAGAGCCGGUCCGGCGGGGUUCAGCACCACGGACAGCGGCCGGCCCGGCGCCGCGGGGGUGCGUGGAGAGACGGCCUCGGGCCUGGGCAGGAGCGCGGAUGGAGCCGAGAGGAGGCUGUCGCACGAGGAGGGCCACAAACCAGAGCUCACGGACUGGGAGUGGUGCCGGAGUAAAUCAGAGAGGACCCCUCGGCAGCGAUCAGGUGGGGCCUUAGCUAUUCCUCUGUGUGCAUUUCAAGGAACUGUGUCACUUCAGGCACCCACAGGAAAAACUCUCUCCUUGUCUACCUACGAGGUAAGCACUGAAGGACAAAAGAUAACACCCACCUCAAAGAAAAUCGAAGUGUAUCGAUCUAAAAGCGUUGGUCAUGACCCCAACCCAGAGGAGUGUCCUAAUUCAUUUGCUGACACCAGUGUUAAAAUUCAUUUAGAGGUUCUGGAAAUUUGUGACAAUGAAGAGGCUCUGGACACUGUUUCCAUCAUCAGUAAUAUCAGCCAGUCCUCCACACAGGUAAGAUCUCCAUCCCUACGCUAUUCACGGAAGGAAAACAGAUUUGUCUCAUGUGAUUUAGGGGAAACUGCUUCCUACUCACUCUUCAUACCAUCAAACAAUCCUGACAGCGAUAUUAACAUAACAAUUCCAGACACGGUGGAAGCUCACCGGCAGAACAGUAAAAAGCAGCACAUGGAGAGAGGUGGUUAUCAGGAAGAAAUACAGAUGUUGAAUAAAGCGUACAGAAAACGGGAAGAAGAUGGCAACAGCAAUUAAAAGACAUUUAAUCUAAACAUUUAAACUGAUUCAGGAGACAUUGCUCCUCUUGACUCAAGUUACCCUAACAAAUGCAGUGCCAACUGUUUUUUUGGGUUUGUUUUUUCCUAGCAUAUAAAUUAUUUUUAUUUGGGUGCACUGUUAAAUAGUUAACAUUUACAAAUGGGAAAACAAAUGCUUCAGUGCUUUGCAGCUUUGUGUAAUGAAGUUCAACUUAUUUACAUAUCUCUUUAUUUGAGGAAGACUUGCAUCUGAAAGGAAUCCUAAAUAAAGUCUUAAAAGACAACCUUGCAUGCUUGUUGGCAUCGGGUGGUCUUUGGGAAGCCAGAAAAUGAGAGAACAGCUCUGCAUCCAUGAAGAUGUAACAGGUUUCAGUGAUUGUUGCCGUUCUCCUGCUGGUGUGCCAGACUUGAAACAUUUACUGAAAAUAUGUAGCACAAGCCUAAGACUAAGCCAUGCAUUUGGUUAGGGAUUGUAUGUGGCCUACAUGGUUUAAUUUUGCACUGCUCCAUACGUGAUUGAUACGUAAUGUCUCUGUAAGUGGCCAUUGUAUAGACCUUUGAAUGUGGGGGGCUGAAAUUUUAGCAUGCACAUCUUACAAGACCAACGCUGUGAAAAUGUGUUCCCAUGGCUUGACAUUUCUUUCAUCGAGUGUGUCAGAUGUUGGAUGAUUUUAUGCUGCUUACUCUAAAGUCUGCCAUUUUCUGCCUCCUUGAUCUUUUAGGAAAGGGGACAGGGCUGUUCAAGAAGGCCAAACUUAGAGACCCGGCUUACCUGUUGACCUCAGCUUGAGGCUGAUUGCCCACAUUAGCUUUCUGCCCUGGAGCACCUUCUGGAGGAGCCUAUCCUUAUGCUGCCUUACAGGAAACCUAGAGUCCAAUCGCAAGCCCUAGAGCCCAAUCAAACUAAAGCCUGUGAAUACACUGUUUCUUGUCACAUUCGAUGCUAAAACAGUGAAUGAAGUCCUUAAGUCUAAUGCUUUUUGAUGAGAGCUCGUUUUCUGAGAUUUUGUCAUUCAUUUUAGCUAGACAGAAAUAGACUUCAGCAGGGCUUUCAGAGGUUUGACUAAAAGUUACACCACUUCUUUAAUUAAUAGAUUCAAUUUUCAGUGAGUGACAACAUAAUAAUUUAGGUGUUUGCAGUCACCCUGUUAUCCAUUCAGUGUGAGCAUAGAAAAGUAAGAACAGCCCUAUUUAGCAUUCCUUUAUGGACUGUGAACAGGUAGAGCAAAAGGGCCAACAAGCUCAGCUUGUGUUCAGUACGGAGAUGUGGAAAGAACAGGCGAUUUGCUUCUCACUUCACCACCACAAAACAGGCCUGCCAUGAUCACUGUGUGACAGUGAUGUGGAGCUCAGGACAGUCAGGGUCACAGACUGCAGGCGGCUGUGAUGGGGAUGGGUCGCUCUGUGCCAGAUGUGCUUUUCAUGUGCUGCUCUUCCAAGGUGAAAACAAAGGUUCUCAUAGGAUUGUCUCAAGGCUCUUAUUACCCCUCGAUGCUGUGUUACACUUCAGAUUUAACAAGAAACUAGAGUAGAUGGAGCAAUCAGAGCUAAGUCUAUUGAAUAGUUUAUAUCCAUGUGCAUGCAGCACAGAGACAUUCUGCUGUCCCUGGAUGUAUUGCUUUGUUUUGUGUUUGUAGGAUGAGCUCAGAAAGUUGCUUUAUAGCAACAGACGUGCUCAAUCCAGAAGAAGGUUGUGAGGGAGGAUGCAGUGCAUCACUGCCUCAGUUUGGUCACUUUCUCUGACAGGCACAGUUAGGUUGUGUCCAGGUUUGGAGGCAUUAAAAAUCUGCAUAGCUGUGACCCUGAGCUCGACCUAAUUCUAGAAUGUAUUCUUGCUGGUGUGGUAAAUACGUUUUCUUUAAUGAGUCUGUAAAUUUGAUCAUGUAUG